AUGGCGGCCCGUGUCCUCUCGGCCUGCGUCCGCCGCCUCCUGCCCCGGCCGCCCCCGCCCGCCCCGCCGCCCGCCGCCUUCGGCACCCUCUGUCCCCGCCGGCCGCGGGCACCGCCGGCCGCGGCCCCGCCGCUGGCGCAGCCGUUGGCGCAGGUGCCGCGGGCGGCCUGGCCGCCGUGCCGCCGCUUCUCCGAGCUGCCGCCCCUGACCUUGGCGGACAUCAAGGACCGCGUCCUCUACGUCCUCAAGCUGUACGACAAGAUCGACCCGGAGAAGCUCACAGCUGAGUCCCACUUCAUGAAAGACCUGGGUUUGGACAGUUUGGACCAAGUGGAAAUCAUCAUGGCAAUGGAAGACGAAUUUGGAUUUGAAAUUCCUGAUGGAGAUGCAGAAAAGUUGAUGUGUCCACAAGAGAUUGUAGAUUACAUUGCAGAUAAGAAGGAUGUUUAUGAAUAAAAACAGUUCUUCAAAGCCGAGAGACGUCUCUACCACCAGGACUGGGCUGGUGUCGGCGGGUAUGAAUACAAGCGCACAUGCUGUACCGUUGCUGCUUUCAUCGGAAAGUUGCACUUGGAUGUUGUAUUUAAAGCUGUCUGAAUAUGUUGUCCUUUAAAAACAAGAAAAAAAAAGGAAUAAAUAUAUAAGAGCA